CAGCCCACUGCUCUCGCUCUUUGCUUUCAUCCCUUUCUCUCCCUCGAACCAGACGGCCAUGAAGCUCGUCUCUGCGAUCUCCGUCGCGUCCUUGCCACUCCUGGCACUGGCCCACAAGCCCUUCCAGCACGCUGCCCGCCAACAGGCCUCCGUCGUCCUCGCCGCUUCUGCUUCCUCCAGCGCAAUCCCCACUGCCUCUUCCUCUUCGUCCGCGCCCUCGUCCGCAUCUGCCGCCGCCUCUUCAGCCGCAUCGGGCGCGUCGUCGGUCACGGUCGCGGCGAGCUCCUCGGCCUCCCUUCCCUCCAUCUCCCUCUUGUCGACGAACCCCACCGCCCUGCCGCUGCAGUCCAUCGUUGCCAAUGCCCCUUCCGCAGCGACUUCAAUUAUAACAACCCCCAGCGCAGGCACCACCCCCAGCGCCAUCCCCAGCGCGCCAGGGCUUCCAGACGUGUCCAAGCUCGUCAUCGCGAACUACCCCGCGCUCGACAAGCCGCCCCCGACGGACUCCCCCGAGGUCCUGCAAUGGAUCCAGGACGUCAAGAACUCGGGCGUAUCGAUCCCCACUUUCUCCGCCACCGUCGCCGGCGGGUGCCCCGCUAACCCCGGCGCCAUCGCGAACGACACGGAGCGCUGCUGGUGGACCUGCGGCGGGUGCACCCGCUCGACCGACAUCGUCAACUGCCCCGACAAGCUCACCUGGGGCCUGACCUACGACGACGGCCCCGCGCCCUAUACCCCGGACCUCCUCAACUACCUCGACCAGCACAACCUCAAGACCACCUUCUUCGUCGUCGGCUCGCGCGCGAUCUCCUACCCCGCGCUCCUCCAGCAGGAGUACCUCGCCGGCCACCAGAUCGCGGUGCACACCUGGAGCCACCCGUCGCUGUCCACCCUGUCGACCGAGGAGAUCAUCGCCGAGUUUGGAUGGACGAAAAAGAUCAUCAAGGAUGUGCUCGGUGUGACCCCGAACAUGAUGCGGCCUCCGUACGGUGAUAUCGACGACCGGGUGCGUGCGAUCGCGAAAGCGAUGGGCUUGACCCCCGUCAUGUGGACCCGAAUCAGUGCCAUGGCCACGUUCGACACCGACGACUUCAACAUCCACGGCGGAACCACGACGGUCCAGCAGGUGCUCCUCAACUGGGAGAACAUCCUCGGCAACGCGACGACGAUCAACACGGGCUUCAUCGUCCUCGAGCACGACCUGUUCCAGCAGACGGUCGAGGUCGCCACGGGCUACAUCCUCCCCGACGCCCUCGCGCACCAGCCCGCGUUCACGAUCGAGCCCAUCAUCACGUGCAACCACCUGCCCAUGUCCGACGCGUACAUCGAGACGAACGACAACUCGACGAACCCCCCCGCCGUGUCCGCAUCAACGGUGGCUACCGGAUCCGCGCAGGCCACGGGCGUGGGAGGCUCGAAGAACAGCAACAGCACAAGCGGCGCCGUCCCUGCCGCCGGUAGCAGCAGCUCCGCCCCCGCGCUGCUGCUCGCCCUCGGCGCGUCGCUCGUCGGCGCGUCCGGCGCGCUCUUCCUCUGAGGGCCCCCAUCUGCCGCCACGCACCCCGCCGAUCAAAGAAAGCAACAGACGUCUGCUAACACAUCUUCUCCCAUGCGUACUCGUAUCUACGCCCCCACUUUACGAUGAGCCGGACACUUAUUACCCGCCUGCCCAUACCCCACCGUCGGAUAGACCACCCCCCACCCCCCCUUUUCCACCCGCACCCGACCGGACUGCCCCAUCUUCCCCGUCUUCUGCUCCUCCCCGCAAUCGCCGUUCAUCCAGUUCCUGUUUGUUUCUCUAUGUUAUCCUCCUCCUUGUGCCCUUUUUGCGUCCUCCUUCUCCUCUUGCCUCUCGCCUCUUCGUGCUUUUACCCAGCGCGGCAGUGAACGAUACGUUGUUGUCCGGCUGCCCCACACAGUCGCUUACCUCCUGUUGCCAUACCAUGUUGUCGUCUCGGACUGGUCCACAUUAGCUAGUUAGUUAGUAUCAAUCACUAGUCGCGCGGAGCGCAUCUACACCGACUUUGCUCGUGUGCGCCUCGUGCUGUGCGCAGCCAC